CGAAAUGAAACCAUGCUAAUAGGUGGUGUGAAAUGGAAUGCGGGAUUUAGAAGAAGAGAAAAUAAUAUGAUGGUGAGAGAGAGGAGAGGGUGAAGGUGAAGGUGAGGGUGAUAUGUGGUGUAUUGUGGCCUGUGGGAGAGGGGGACUGGGCUUGAUUUGAUUUAAAAAGGGGACCAAUGACACCAUCCCUCCUCAUAUUCUCCUACUUUUGGCUUUGGUUUCAAGUCAGUGGUGAUUGGUGCCUUGGUGGUGAACCCCAACAAACAAAAACACCUCACAUUUGGGCUCCUCCCCAAACCCCGAAUCCUUUUCUUUUGCCUUGAACCUCUAUUUUCCUCUUAUGGAAACUCUUCUCCCCUCCAGAUUCAAACGUGUCUGUGUUUUCUGUGGUAGCAGCCCUGGCAAGAAUCCCAGCUACCAGCUCGCCGCUAUUCAGCUUGCCAACCAACUGGUUGAAAGGAAAAUCGACUUGGUUUAUGGUGGAGGGAGCAUUGGCUUGAUGGGUCUCGUCUCCCAAGCUGUCUACGAUGGUGGCCGCCACGUAUUGGGAGUGAUUCCAAAGACUCUCAUGCCCAGAGAGAUUACAGGAGAAACUGUUGGAGAAGUGAGAGCUGUGUCAGGAAUGCACCAAAGGAAAGCUGAAAUGGCUCGUCAAGCCGACGCAUUUAUUGCCUUACCAGGUGGGUACGGGACCUUGGAAGAAUUGUUGGAAGUCAUCACAUGGGCUCAGCUGGGUAUUCACGAUAAGCCGGUGGGAUUAUUGAACGUUGAUGGGUACUACAACUCACUGCUAUCCUUCAUAGACAAAGCGGUAGAUGAAGGGUUUAUAACAGCAGCUGCCCGUCAAAUUAUUGUGUCUGCCCCGACUGCCCAAGAACUUUUGUGCAAGCUCGAGGAAUAUGUUCCCAAGCAUUCUGGGGUUGCCCCCAAGUUGAGUUGGGAGAUGGAGCAACAGCUUGGCUACGCGACCAAGUCAGACAUAGCUCGUUGACCCCACCAAACAAGUUGACCACCUUUGAUUAUUUCCACCUCGUAUUAAUAUAUCUCUACACCAUACUCAACUCAACCACGUAACUCACUACACUUGCUUUUUGUUUUUUUGGGAACUUGGCCGUGGAUUUUAUUGAUCAGAAGAGGAAUGCUUCAAUUUCUUCCACCCCAGUGUCAUUUUGAUUUAGAUUCAGCGGUAUAAACUUUUCUAAUUUCGAAAAUACUACAGGAGAAAUCAGUUGGAUCAGCUGUUGAUGAUCAUCUGUAACUGUAUUAUUAUCAUCGUUACUACAUAUUACGUGUAGAAGAGUAUGUCUGACCCAUGUAAACGGGACAGUGAUGUGAUCAGUGGUUUGGAAUGUCGGUGAUUACUGUACUUGUAUAGAAUUGAAGUGUUUAAUGCAAUUUGUUCUUUUGAUUACAAUGUCA